UGUGCGGCCUGCGGACAAAAGGCCGAGCCCGCAGGGCCAAUCCGCGCGCCACCCCGUAGCGCCUGGGGGCGGGAGCCGGAGAGCCAAGAAGCUCGUCCUGGCACGUCUAUUGGCUGGUACUGACGCCCAUCCGGACCCCGAGGCCAGGCAGUUGGCCAAGGGGGGCGGGGUUCGCAGAGCCCCAAUGAAUGGGGGAGCCGGAAGCAGGAAGUGAGUUUGCGAACGGAGGAGCUGCUGCAGCAGGGCCCAUGGCGGACACCCAGUACAUCCUGCCCAAUGACAUUGGCGUGUCUAGCCUGGACUGCCGUGAGGCCUUCCGCCUGCUGUCACCCAAAGAGCGCCUCUAUGCCCACCACCUGUCCCGUGCCGCCUGGUAUGGAGGCCUGGCUGUGCUGCUUCAGACCUCCCCCGAGGCCCCCUACAUCUAUGCUCUGCUCAGCCGCCUCUUCUGCACCCAGGACCCCGACCAGCUGCGCCAACGUGCCCUGGCUGAGGGCCUUACCGAGGAGGAGUAUCAGGCGUUCCUGGUCUAUGCCGCGGGUGUCUACUCCAACAUGGGCAACUACAAGUCCUUUGGUGACACCAAGUUUGUUCCCAACUUGCCCAAGGAAAAGCUGGAACGGGUGAUCCUAGGGAGUGAGGCUGCUCAGCAGCACCCAGAAGAAGUCAGGGGUCUCUGGCAGACUUGCGGGGAGCUUAUGUUCUCUCUGGAGCCAAGGCUUCGACACCUCGGGCUGGGGAAGGAGGGAAUCACCACCUAUUUCUCUGGGAAUUGUACCAUGGAAGAUGCCAAAUUUGCCCAAGACUUUCUGGACUCACAGAACCUCAGUGCCUACAACACCCGGCUCUUCAAAGAGGUCGAUGGAGAAGGGAAGCCCCACUAUGAGGUGCGGCUGGCUUCUGUGCUUGGCUCAGAGCCUUCCCUGGACUCCGAGGUGACUUCCAAGCUGAAGAGCUACGAAUUCCGGGGAAGCCUUUUCCAGGUGACCCGGGGGGACUACGCGCCCAUCCUCCAGAAGGUGGUGGAGCAGCUGGAGAAAGCCAAGGCGUAUGCAGCCAACAGCCACCAGGGGCAGAUGCUGGCCCAGUAUAUAGAGAGCUUCACCCAGGGCUCCAUCGAGGCCCACAAGAGGGGCUCCCGCUUCUGGAUCCAGGACAAAGGCCCCAUCGUGGAGAGUUACAUCGGGUUCAUCGAGAGCUACCGCGACCCCUUUGGUUCCCGAGGAGAAUUUGAAGGUUUCGUAGCUGUGGUGAACAAGGCCAUGAGUGCCAAGUUUGAGCGGCUGGUGGUGAGCGCAGAGCAGCUGCUGAAGGAGCUGCCCUGGCCCCCGGCCUUUGAGAAGGACAAGUUCCUCACCCCAGACUUCACCUCCCUGGAUGUUCUCACCUUCGCUGGCUCCGGCAUCCCUGCUGGCAUCAACAUCCCCAACUACGAUGACCUGAGGCAGACGGAAGGCUUUAAGAACGUGUCGCUGGGCAAUGUGCUGGCUGUGGCCUAUGCCACGCAGCGGGAGAAGCUCACCUUUCUGGAGGAGGAUGACAAGGACCUGUACAUCCUCUGGAAGGGGCCCUCCUUCGAUGUGCAGGUGGGCCUGCAUGAGCUGCUGGGCCAUGGCAGUGGCAAGCUCUUCGUACAGGAUGAAAAAGGAGCAUUCAACUUUGACCAGGAGACAGUGAUCAACCCAGAGACGGGCGAGCAGAUUCAGAGCUGGUAUCGGAGCGGGGAGACCUGGGACAGCAAGUUCAGCACCAUCGCCUCCAGCUACGAAGAGUGCCGGGCUGAGAGCGUGGGUCUCUACCUCUGUCUCCACCCGCAAGUGCUGGAGAUCUUUGGCUUUGAGGGGGCUGAUGCGGAGGACGUGAUCUACGUGAACUGGCUCAACAUGGUUCGGGCCGGGCUGCUCGCUCUGGAGUUCUACACACCUGAGGCCUCCAACUGGCGACAGGCCCAUAUGCAGGCCCGGUUUGUGAUCCUGAGAGUCUUGCUGGAGGCUGGCGAGGGACUCGUUACCAUCACUCCCACCACAGGCUCCGAUGGGCGCCCAGAUGCCCGGGUCCGCCUCGACCGCAGCAAGAUCCGGUCUGUGGGCAAGCCUGCUCUAGAGCGCUUCCUGCGGAGACUUCAGGUGCUGAAGUCCACAGGGGAUGUGGCCGGAGGGCGGGUCCUGUACGAGGGGUAUGCAGCAGUCACUGAUGCGCCCCCCGAGUGCUUCCUCACCCUCAGGGACACGGUGCUGCUGCGUAAGGAAUCUCGGAAGCUCAUUGUUCAGCCCAACACUCGCCUUGAAGGCUCAGACGUGCAGCUUCUGGAAUACGAGGCCUCAGCUGCUGGCCUCAUCCGAUCCUUCUCCGAGCGUUUCCCAGAGGAUGGACCCGAGUUGGAGGAGAUCCUCACACAGCUGGCCACAGCCGAUGCCCGAUUCUGGAAGGGCCCCAGUGAGGCCCCAUCUGGCCAAGCUUGAGGAAUAUGUGUGGCCUCUCCCCCAACUCCAUCAAACCAAGGCUGCAAGUGGCCCUCCAUUCGUGUGUGUAUUUAGGGGCUGGGGAGGGGGAGGGGCAGGAGCUUGGACCUUCGUACUACCUCAGCUGAGGGUGAUGACACUAACCCCUUCCAUUUGUCAGCACUUUCCAGCCUGCCAAGUGCUUCCCCUCUGUGAUCUCAUUUCAUCUGCACUGCCAUAUGUGGAAUGAGCAAGACACGGCUUACCAUCUUGUCUACCAGAUGAGGAAAUGGCAGUUCUGAGAAGUCACUGGUCUAGAUCCCGCAGGUGGCACGUGACAGCUAGGGUUCAAAACGUUCUCACCAAAUCCAAUGCUCCUCACAUAUUAAUUUUAUAACCAGACAAAUAAAUAUUAGAGACAACUACCAUC